CUUCCUCACUUUGAAAUUUACCAUUCUCCCUCCCAAUUCUUUCAGCAACAUUGUUAUGGAAGAACCAUCACCAUUACCUUUAGCAGCAGCAACACCAUUAGCAUUAGCAUCACCAGAAUCAUCAUGCGAAAGUUCAACUCCUGAAAUUUUUAUCUACGAUCAUGAUCUUGUAACCGAUUUGCAACUAAAGUGGAUAAUCGAAGCUAAUCUCCCCUGCCAUAUCGUCGACAGCGAUCACUUCACAGAAUUAAUGGAAUGCCUGCAACCACAAUACGAAAAGACAUUUAUGAAGUCAUUGUCUCGAGCAUUUGUGAAUUUAAGUUGAAAGAAAAGGUAAUGAACGUCAGUAUUGAUGAUUCAGAUGGGUUUUAUACAGCCGAUAUGAAAAGGUUCAAAAGAGAAGUAAAGCCUAUGUUUAAUGGUGUCUUUUUUCAUACAAAAUGUGCAUGUCAUAUGUUGAACUCAAUGGUGAAAUCGAUUCUUGAUUAUGUUGCUCCUGUCGUAACAAAAUUUGAAAAGUUGUGCGCUUAUGCAUUCUAUUAUCAUGCAAAAGAAUUCAGAAAAUUUCUACGUGGAAAAGGUGCGAAGUUUUCUUCUCACAUAGGACUACAUAUAGAGCAAGAUUGGAACACAACCUACGACAUGUUAGGUCGUAUGGUGAAACAAAAACCGCUACUUGUCGAGUUUUAUGCUACUUGUGGUGAUAAUGAGAGUGAUAGCGAUAAUGAUAGUGGUAUUGAUAUUGAUGAUAACGAUUGGGAAAACAUCGAAUCACUUUUGGGUAUUUUAAAAGUGUUUCGUAGUUCUACAAUACGUUUAUCAAACGCUUAUUAUCCCACUACACCUCUAGUUUUGGAAGAGAUUCUGCUACUCACUCAUAUGUUUAAAGAGUAUAAACAGAAACCCUUUUGGGAACCGGGUAUUCUUGGAAUGCAGUCGAAGUUAUUACAAUACUAUGAAACAAUGCCUGAGGUUUUCACAUGUGCAGCUGCUUUGAAUCCUAAGAUUGGACUUAAUGGUGUUGAGAAUAUUCUAGAGGAUAUUGAGGGAUACUUGGGAUUGGAUACAAGUAAUGAUUAUGCAAAGGCAAGUAUGAGAAAAUGUUACGAUGCUUUGCAUGAGAUGUUUGAUUACUAUGAAAAGAUGUGUAGAGGAAGAGGUGGUGAAAGAGACAUGAUAAUGGAAUCGGGUUCAAGAAAUAUCAUAAUGGAAUCGGUUUCGAGAAAGGAUUCAAGAAGUGUGGUGAUUUCGAAUGAGCUUGAGUUAUAUAAAAAGACGGAUUUUUUGAAUGUUAUGAGGUGUGAUGAAUAUGAGGAUUUUGAUAUCUUGGAAUGGUGGAGAAGUAAAGGGCGUUAUCAGUAUCCUAUUUUGGCUGAAAUGGCACGAGAUUUAUUAUCUGUUCAAGCGAGUACAUUAGCUUUGGAGUUUGCUUUUGGUUUGAAUGGCAGGGUUUUGGAUGAGCCGACAACGUAUAAGAUGAGUCUCCUAUCAAGCCCAAAAUGGUACGAAGUGCGCGUUUUCUUGAAGGAACAUUUUGAUGCAAGUGAUCAAGGGAAAGAAAAGGUGAAAUUGGUUGAAGAUGGUGAGGAAAGUGAAGAUUUGGAUUGGUUUUCUGAUAGCUCCGAUGAAGAAAUGAGUUGAACAAACAAGAGAAUGAUUCGGAGAUGAUGAUGAAAGUGAAGAUGUGGUUUUGUUUUGUGAUAGUUCUGAUGGAGAAGUGAAAUGAUCAAUGCGAAGAUAUUUGAUCCAGAUUUGUUGAAGAUGAUGAUGGACGUGAAGAUAAUUUGCUAGAUUACUGAUAGGUCAGAUGAAGAAAUGAAGUGAAUUAAUGCAACAACAUUUGUAACGAAUGCUUUUUGUCUUCAGAUUUGUAACGAAU